CAUUCUACGGUGGUCUACUGAUCUGUACCAAAAUAUGGCAACCCCUCCCCCUUCACCUUCAGUAAUUAACUCAACUGAUACACCUUUGGUACAGAUCUGGUACCCUAUGAUCAGAGGAAGUGAGACGGAGUGAUGGGCCAACGAGUUUUACUAAUACUUAAUAGAGGAGCGAGAGAGAGAGAGAGAGAGAGAGAGUAAUUAGUGACAACUCCCCCCACCCACACAAUUGUUAUUAGCCAACUAUCUGGUAGACUUGUGAUCUGCUCUUUUACUCUUAACUCUGCAGGACUCCUUCCAGAUCCUUCCCUCCGUUUUCUUCUUCUCUAUCUUCCCAGCGCAUUUUGUCCCGGGAGAGAGAUGGUGCACCCAGUAGCAGAUGCCAACGAUCAAAGCCCCUUCGGAUCGCUCUCGCCUUCUGAGUUCUACGCCCGACACUCCGUCUCUCAUUCCUCCGACCAUAUAACCAACUCCAGAGGACUAAAGCUCUUCACCCAAUCUUGGACCCCAUUCCCCCCUACCAAGGUCAUCGGCAUCGUCGCCGUCGUCCACGGCUUCACCGGUGAGUCCAGCUGGUUCGUCCAGCUCACUUCCAUUCUCUUUGCUAAGUCCGGCUUCGCCACCUGCGCUAUCGAUCACCAAGGCCACGGCUUCUCCGAGGGUCUCAAGAACCACAUCCCUGACAUCAACCCCGUCGUCGACGACUGCCAGACCUACUUCGAGUCCUUCCGAGCGCGCUACCCGCCUUCGCUACCGGCCUUCCUCUACGCCGAGUCCCUCGGCGGAGCGAUCGCAGUCCUUUUGCACCUCCGACGCGGGCCCCGGCCCUGGCACGGCCUCGUGCUCAACGGCGCCAUGUGCGGAAUCAGCUCCAAAUUCAAGCCUCCUUGGCCGUUGGAGCACUUCUUGUCACUGGUUUCUGCAGUGAUACCCACGUGGCAGGUUGUCCCCACCCGCGGUUCGAUCGUGGAGAGGUCGUUCAAGGAAGACUGGAAGAGACGGCUGGCGUUAGCGAGUCCGAGGCGUAGCUCGGCCAGGCCCCGCGCUGCGACGGCGCUGGAGCUGCUGAGAGUGUGCAGGGAGGUGCAGGGUAGGUUGAGCGAGGUGGAUGCACCGCUGCUGAUCGUGCACGGUGCAGACGACGUGAUCUGCGACCCGGCUUGCGUGGAGGAUCUUUACCAGCGUGCAGCCAGUAAGGAUAAGACCAUUCGGGUGUACCCCGGGAUGUGGCAUCAGUUGGUAGGCGAAUCCGAGGACAACGUUGAGUUGGUCUUCGGCGAGAUUGUGGACUGGCUACGAAGCCGAGCCGAAAGUGCCGGAGCCACCACCGACGACAAUGAACAAUCCGGUGGUGGUGUUGGUGACGUAUCGCAGUAUUGAUGAUAUCUAUUCCUUUUUAGGGAGGGGAACGUUAUUUAAUCGUUACUAUUUUUAUCACUGAUAAGCUAAGCUAAGCUCAGUAAUUAUUAUAGAACAAUAGGGUAGGGCUUGGUUUGUCUCUGGCGAUCAAAAACAUUUGGUUCUACUACUUCUACCGUAGACUUUAUAUUUGGAUAUAAUAAUAUAUUAUUUGAAUAAAUAAACAAGGUUUUCAUCCUCUGUUUA